CUCUACCCCCAAUGGGUCUCGAAUUCCUCAACCAAGAGGACUAGGUCCGAACCCAUUUGCCAAUACACGAACAUCCUCGCCCGUGCCCCAAGGCGUGUCUCCUCGCCGGCCCUCGACCCGGUCAUCAUCCCACCACACUUCGCCCUCGGCCCACAGCUUCGGCUUCAACGCCACACCGACCGGACACAAAAAGACCACUUCUAGCGCCUCGACAGGCGCCACUCGAGGCCGCUACUCAUAUGGUCCUAACGACAUAGACAAGGUCCAAACCAGCCCACGUCUGGACGACGAAGGGAGGCAUCUGGCGAACAAGAGAUUUGUGACCCAGAGGCGUGCCGACUCGACAUUGGAUCGGCUCAACAUGGACCUCCAGGGGCUGAUCAGACAGGGCCAGGAGGCGCUGGGUGCAACCUUUGAUGUCAACAUGGACGAUGGCUGGGAGGAGGACACGUGAGGAACAGGCCAACUUGGACUACGUCUGUGUGAUAUGAUGACUCGUCGCGGAAGCUGCCUCUGCCUGUUCGACUGCACAAUGACGGUCUGGCUGGGCACUAUGCAACAUUGUCAUGGUGUGUUAUACGGUAUACUGGUGGUGUUCUUGGAUUAUCUUUUUUUUUCUUCCCUAUUUUUUCCCCUGCGAGGAGUUCAGGAUAGGUAGCUUGUUUGAAAGUCCUGUAUUUAGCAUUAGGCGCGUCUGGCUUUGGCUCUGAAAGAUACUUCAUGUAUGUUCUCACUAGUCCCUGAAAUCAUUACCUCUUGGUCUCUCG